AUGAACUCACCGCUAUUUCUUGGUUCUUCUCGAUUGGUGUGCGCUUUUUUGCGAACCAAUGUUUCUCGUAGUUUUCCUUUGAUGAUUAGAAUUCACACCUCUGCUACUUGCUGCAAAGUUAGGAGAACAGAGAAGAUUAAGAAGCAGUCCUCCUCAGUCAUUCAUUCGGCCGUUGUUGCUGCUGACAACACAUUCGUUCAAGCAGCACUGAAGGAGAUGAAGGAAGUUGAAGUGAUACUCGGUGAAGAACUAGCCAAGCACUUUUCAUUGCAGGUCGAUCUUCGUGUCUACGAAGAUUUACUGGUGAAGUUGGAAAAAGGAGAUGAACACAAAAUGUCCCAUUUGGGAAGGGUAUCAUUGAAAAGCCCCACCAUGGUUAUGAUCAAUUUUGCAGACAAUCCAUCAGCCAUUAAAUGGGCAAAAUUAGCUAUACAGAAGUCCUAUCUCAACGUAACGCCUCAGCACGAGGGAGUUGUUCUUUACAUUCCCGUGCCUAGGAUGACGAGAGAGCGGCGAGAACAACUCGCUCACGACGCCAAGGGGAAAAUUUUCAACGAAUACAAAAAGGCACUAAACGACAUUUACAUCCGAUUCGAGAGGAAAUCAAGUCAAUCUUCCACAAAACCCGAUGAUGAGCGGCAUACUCGCCAGUUAUUACUCGAUCUCAAACAUGCGAUGGAGACAAAAGGCGCUGAUCUCAUCGAAAGCAAAAGGAAGGAGUUGCUCACAGAAUUUGCGUAG